AUGUCGCGUCUGACCGCUGCACAGAUUGUCGCCCAAGGAGAUUACCUCAAGCCUGACUUCGACCCCGCCUCUCUCACCAUCGCGCAGCUUCUCGGGGUCUUUGGUCACCACAACAUCAGAUACCCGGCCCAAUACAACAAAUCCACACUCGUCCGACUCUGGAAUGAAGAAAUCAAGCCUAACGCCAAACGUUUGCUGAAAGAACGCAUCAAACGCGAGAAUAGUCAAGCCAGCGAGGAUGGCAUCACAGAUGGAAUGACUGGCAGACCUCUGAACGAGGGCAAGAACCCUGUCAGGCGCAGUUCUAGACGUCUUUCCAAGACUCCCGCGCUCGAACAAGUAGAACCUGCUCCCAAACCCAAGCGUCGCCGCGCCAGCGCGGAACCGUCUCUUGGCGGGCCUUCGAGGAGGCGCGCUGCUCAGCCCGUAGAACCCGUAUUGGUCGAAGAGAGCGAACCGGAAGAAGAGCCCGUCGUUCGCAAGGUCGGUCGACCAAAGAAGGCCGCUGCGGAUGCGGGAUCACAAGCCAGACGCGUUUCGCGACCUCUGACCGAUGAACCAGAGUCUGGAUGGGAAGAUAACAAUGUCUUCCAAUCGGGAACGGAGUCGUCCCCCCUUCGCCCGUCUCCUGUUCGCCCGCGCCCUCGCAAAUCCUCCGCCGGUGCUCGCCCCGCGCCGAAAUCACGGAAAUCUAUGUCUGCACCUCCUCAGAUUUCCCCUCCUUCUCCACCCACAGACAAGGGCAAAGAACGCGAGAGGCUCCCCUCCGUGAAGCCUCCAGAGAGCGACUUCGAACCGAAAUUGCCGUCAGCUGUAUUCCAAGCGCGUCGACUUUCCGUGGUCCGCGAUCUGAAGGAGGAAGACGAGGACGAGGUAUCACCGUCGGCUCAGCCCAUUGCUAGCCUUGCAGAUUCUUUGGCUGAGGCUGGUGUCGAAGUACCUACAGACGUGGAAGGCGUGCCGGAGUAUGAGAGGGCUGCCUCGCUUGACGAGGAGAGCGUUGAUGCAGUUGCACAGCGUAUUGCGGAAGGUGGCUCGCUCGUGACGCGUAAUGCGCAGCCGGAUCCCCCGCGACCCAAUUGGUUCCUCCAGUUACUGGUGACUCUCCUGCUCUUGACGGGCUCAGGAAUCGUCGUUCAGUACAAGCAAGAGUCUGCACAGAUCGGCUUCUGCGACGCUGGCACGUCUACUAACUCGAUCCUUAAUGGCAUGCGUGACUACAGGGCGGCGAUAGAGAGCUGCAAUCGGGAGAACCGCACCACACUUUACGUAGCCGACGCAACUCAUACAAUUUCCCCGCCUCCUCCCAGGCCUACAGCGACAGCAUUGAGCGCCGAUCCGGAUGUGUCCGCCAUCGUCGCCGCGGAGGCCUGUCCACCUCCUCCCCUCAUCCCUGGUGUGCAACCUGACGAGUGCACACCGUGUCCCAAACAUGCUAAUUGUACUGCGGACUCCAUCGUUUGCGAGAACGGGUACAUCCUGAUACCCCAUCCACUACUGGCCUUUCUCCCCGUCCCUUCCGUCCGCAAAGAAACGGCGAACGGUGUUCUCCAGGCCUACGAACGGCCCGCGCACAUAUCCUCUGGAUCCUCCUUCUCCGAGCUUGUCUACGCUGCGAUCCACUUUGUCCUCGAUGGUGCUCCUUACGUUGGUCCGGUUGCUCUGCCUCCGCGAUGCGUUGAGGACCCUCGUCGCAAGCGGCAUAUCGGUGUACUUGGUAAGGCCAUCGAGUCGAUUCUAGCGAACGAGAGGGGACGUCGGGUCUGCGAAGGCUUAAACUUUGGUCUACCUGAAGGCGACGAGGCGACUGAGGCUCAGCGUUGGGGUCUCGAGGUUGAGAAGCUCCGGGAGCACAUCAAGGAGAAGACACCGCCUCAUAUGCUCACCACUCUAGAUGACACGUUCAAUGAAGCUGUGGGACAGCUGCUGCAAUGGGGUGGUGUCUUUAUAUGUGAGGAUGCGACUGGCAAGCGGUUCUUGGCGCACAAAACGCCUGUCAUGAGUUGGCAGUGUUCUGCCCGAGUCAAGGCCAGGGAAGCGUGGGCCGAGUGGCAGAGGUCAACCAUUGGAUCGCUGGUUCUGAUUCUGUCCAUUCUAACCGUUCGCCGCCGACAGGCGAAACGUGCAAUUGAAGACGAGCAGGUCGCUACUCUUGUGACCGUCGCUCUGGACUCCCUACGGAACCAGGAAUUCGCCCAUCACACAGACCCCGUAAUGGUUCCGCGGCCCUAUCUCUCGUCAUUACAGCUUCGCGAUCUCGUCUUGCAGGACAUACAUGAUGUCUCGAAACGGAAGCGUUUGUGGUCACGGGUCGAGCGGGUUGUCGAAGCGAACGCGAAUGUCCGUACGAACCUGCAAGAAGUCGAAGGCGGAGAUGAGCAGCGGGUUUGGGAAUGGGUCGGAAGCACGGGGAAGACGCUUCCACUGGAGACGCCUGGAAUCCGGAUGCUGGGCUUCGGAGAAGGCGGUCGCGUCGUCGCAUGACAGCAUAAGCUGCGACAUGAUUCGGUACCGUCCGAUGUGCCGUGCGCGCUGGUCCGUUGUCCCAUCAUUCCCUCCUAGCUCGAACUCCUUUUUGUUCUAUCGCUCCUGAUUCUACUCCUUGUUUCGUUGCCGCUGUCUAUGUCGCUCUCGGCUGUUCUGUUGGGAAUUUCCCAUACGUCCCUGUAUGCACUCACGUCUUUGCUUAUGACGAUAUCUAUCACCAUUGUACCAUAUUCCGUGUACGUCCCGUUAGC